AUGUCAAAACGACUAUCUACCGAAAUCGAGAUUUCCGCCAAAGACGGUGUUGACAAAGAAAAACAGCAACCCGAUAAGAAACCAAAAUUAUCAUUUGGAAUGAUGAAAAAGACUCUGCCAGCCAAAACCGGAAUUAAGAUAACUCUCAACAGCCCUGCCACUAAAGAACCACCUAUUCUACCUAAACCAGCGUCAAAGUCUGUUGCGGCAGUAUUUGGCGAUGUUAGUGAUGAUGAACCUGAAGAAAUGCCAAAAGAAGCUAGAAUGCGUAUGAGAAAUAUUGGUAGGGAUACUCCAACAUCAGCCGGACCCAAUUCAUUUGGAAAGACUAAGCAUGGAUUUUGCAAUACAGGCAAACUGAUGGAGAAGACACUUAAAGAGGCUACAAACGCACUAAUUGAUGAUAAAAAAUAGUUGUUAUAUUUUCACAAUUAUUGUGAAUACUGUAUUUAAAUUUUUUGCACAGAAUUAGUUCUAAAUAUUAAUUAAGAUACCAAUGACUGUGUAUUUAUAAAGAAUUAUUGAAAGGAUAUUUAUCCCUUAGUCCAAUCAAUUCACCUAUUUUUUAUUUAUUUUACUGUAUAGUGUAUAAAAUAUACAAGCAAUACAUAUUGUAACAAAU